UGAAAACCCUAUCAGCAUCCGGAGACCCUCCCCAUAGGAUUAUACCGUAGGUCAUUCUUCCGUGUCAUUCCGUGUAAGUGAUAAGAAACCCAACAUGAAUCGUCUGCUGAAACUCAUGAAACGCAUGCUGGAAGAAAUGGCGAUAACGACAAACAUCGACCUUUUAGAGAGCAUUUUCGCUGCGAAGUCCGAUAUAAGGACAGAGUUCGAUCUAUGCACGUGUUCGAGUGCUCUACUGUUAAAGUCGCCGAGCAAAAAGUUGAGCCUUCAAGAAGAAAACGAAGAAUUGAAUAAAAACGAAGAUGCUGCAGAUUCAGACAUGAAGCAGCAAGAAUCUAUCACGAAGAUAGGCCAUCACCAUAAAAAGAAAAAAAUGAGUACUCCAGAUCUUUCGAGACAACAUAGCGAUGAAGAUACUUUCAGUAUGAAAAAGAGUUCAAGUGCGGAUUCGAGCAUGAAAAGAAAACGGUCUAGGGUGAAGAGCAUAUCAGAGCCCGAAAUAACCCUCACCGUUGAAGACCGACAGCCUUCAUUGCUGGAAAAGAAGGCCAUUCAGCCUCUGUCGACUCCCCACACCCCUGUCGUACUUAUGGUUCCUCUGCUAAACUUAGCUGAAACACUAUCUAAAGAAUUGAGGUUCAAUAUGACGUUCACCAAACCUCUUUACGAGUUCUCCUUCAACCACCUCGAGUUCCCAGUAACUCCUGGCGGGUCUUAUUCGAUGAUGAUGACAGAAUUGAGGCCACUGAAGAAGUCCGAGAAGACUGGCUCGUGUGGUAUUGGUGCGGAAGGGAAAAAACCUAAAUUCAGAUCAACUUUCAGAAUAGCUGGGAGUACCCAAGAAAUGAGAGUAGAACCAAUGUGUGGAGUGUUAGAACAUGGGGAAUCGAUAAAACUUACUGUUGUUGCAACUCCGAAAAUGAGCGAAGACGUUGUAGCUGCUUAUGCUUUGGAACAGAAGAAGAACGCUUUAUAUCAGGAGAAAAUGGAGGAAGAAUUACGCAAAAGAGAGGAUAAUUUGACUCAUAAGAAGACGAAGAAGUCUAAAACCAAGGUGAGAGGAGCAAAGUCCAAAGCGAAAAAGAAGAAAAGUUCGAUCGACAUAGAGAUGACCAAAGUAACUGAAGAGGAAAUACAAAUUGAGAUAUCGUCCAAAGAUGUGGAGGUAGAAUAUCCAGACUUAUAUCCUGCAGAAUUGGCUAUAUGGCGCAGUAUUGAGCCUCACUUUCUAAACAACAAUUUUGUUUGUCGCAUCGAUUACGAGAUGGAGGAGCCUUGGACUCACGAGCACGAGCCUGACAUAUUCUCCCUAGAAACAGUAUGCAAAGUUAUUUCCCCAGAUUUCAUUCACGAUCAGAAGGUACAACGUUUGGACUUUGGUCAGGUGCCUAUAGGCGAUUGUAAGAGGAAGAUUGUAACAAUUCAAAAUUUGCGAUGUGCUGGAGUACAUGGAUAUAAAAGCAGAAAGAACUAUAUAUCAGUUCUUACUAUCAGCAGAAGCAGCUACACCAAAUGUUCGAUUAGACCCAUCUUCCAAAGUUUUACGUGUGGUUGUUAAAAGGGGCAAAUAUUUGGAGGUUCCUUUUGAGGUGGUGAACGACUCACUUCAAGCUGUGCAAGUUUCCUUGGAAAAAGUGUGCGAGUUAGAGGGCAGAAUCCUUCAUUUGCCCUCUGAGGGAGAGUCUAAGAGUCGUUCUAACGCCUUCCUGAGAAAAAAGACCAAGAAUAAAAAGGACGAUGGCAAUGAAACGUCUGGUUCAUCACCAAAGAAACAUGUCAGAUCCAGUUUCUCCGAUGAACUGACAGAAGAAGAGAUAUUCCUCCAUUGAAAACGAAUUUUCGAUUAAAAAAGGAUCUCCAUAUUUCCAGCUGAUAGAAGAGGACACAUAUUUGACGAUUCCAGAGUCCUCGAAGAAGACUUUCAAAAUUGGUUUCGGACCAACCUCAUCUGAAAGCCCAAGGUCUGAUACGCAUCUCAAGAAGAAGGACCGAAAAAAGACUGCUGUGGAGGUGAACGAGGAAGAUAUUGGAAAGACCUUCGUAGCCAAGUUAAUCUCGGUGUUGUAGACGUGUUGACCCAUUAAUCUGACAUUAAUCAAGGGCGGUUUUCU